GCCUUCCUGCGGGCUGCCAUGGCGGCGCUGGGGGACUGGGGUGUGAGGCGGCGGCCGGAGGAGGCGGCCGGCUACGAACUGGAUGAAGAUGAUGACGACGACGGCGGCGGUGGAGGUCCCGAUGGGUUCACGCUGGACGAGGUGCUCCGCCUCGGCGGCACCAAGCAAGACUUCCUCAUGCUGUGCGCCGUGGACGAGGCGGAGGAGAUGGUGGACGGCGGCAAGAAAGGUGCCAUCGACGAUCUGAAGGAGGGGGAGCUGGAGGCCUUCAUCGGCUCUUUGGGGCUUGGCAAGUAUGCGAAGAGCUGCCUGGGUGAGGAGGAGGAGGAAGAGGAGGAGAAGGAGAAAAAGGGUGGCAAAGAGAAAGAGAAGACCCCAAAGAAGGAGAAAAGCAAGAAGGAGAAAAGCAAGGAGAGAAGCAAGAAAGAAACAAUUUCUUCUUCAUCAGAAGGGAAAAAGGAAAAAAAAGCCGAAGAGCAAGUGAGUGGUAGAAAAGACAGCAAGAAGAAGCUAGCACGCCAGCAGCAAUCAGUACAGAAGGAGAGGCUGGAAGAGGACUUCACAUUUCGUGCUAGGGAGGUGAUACUGGUCAAACCUGGCGGCAAGUGGUACGACCUGGAGUACACCGGUGAGACUUCUGCUGAGCCACAGGAUCCAGCCCUCCUGUCCCAGUACAAGGCCUUGGCCCAAAAGCUGUACCAGCAUGAGACAGAGCUGUACAAGAACAAGACGGAGUAUCAGAAGGGAGCCUCGUCGGCGUGGAUGAAAACCGUUGUGUCGUCAGGCACCCUCGCUGACAGGAUGGCAGCCAUGACCCUCCUCAUUCAGGACAGCGCUGUCCACAGUCUCCACUUUGUUGAGAACUUGGUGAACCUCGUAAAGAAGAAGGGCAGCAGACAACAGAGCCUCAUGGCUCUGGAUACUUUCAGAGAGCUUCUCCUUUCAGAUCUCUUACCGGAUACUCGCAAGCUGUGGUCUUUCUCACAGCGUCCAUUUAACAACAUAGAGAAAAUGUCGAGUGGCAACAGAGAUUCAAGGGACAGACGGCUGAUACUGUGGUACUUUGAGCACCAGCUGAAGCUGCAGGUGGCAGAGUUUGUGCAGACCUUGGAAAUACUGAGCCAUGAUUCCCUGACAGCAACAAAAACCCGAGCGCUGGCAGCUGCCCACGAGCUUCUCUGCAACAAACCUGAACAGGAGAAAUUUCUGCUUGUUCAGCUGGUAAAUAAACUUGGAGACCCUCAGAACAAAAUAGCCACCAAAGCCUCUUACCUUCUAGAGACUUUACUUCACAAGCAUCCAAAUAUGAAAGGAGUGGUGUGUAGUGAGGUGGAGAGACUUUUGUACCGCACAAACAUCAGUGCAAAGACUCAGUAUUAUGCCAUGUGCUUUUUAAAUCAGAUAGUCCUCAGUCAUGAAGAAACUCCAUUGGCCAACAAGCUGAUAUCUUUGUAUUUCUGUUUUUUUCGGAACUGCAUUAAGAAAAAAGAUGUUGAAUCCAAAAUGCUCAGCGCUCUUCUUAGCGGGGUAAACAGAGCUUACCCUUACGCUGAGAUUGGUGAUGAGAAAGUGAAAGAACAGAUGAACACCUUGUUUAAAGUUCUGCACCUUGUGAACUUCAGUACCAGUGUCCAGGCCUUGAUGUUGCUGUUCCAGGUUAUGGACUCCCAGCAGACUGUAUCCGAUAGGUACUACGCAGCGCUGUAUAAGAAGCUUCUGGAUCCUGGUUUAGCAGCCUGCUCAAAGCCGUCCAUGUUUCUUAACCUUGUCUAUAAAUCUCUGAAGGCAGACGUGGUGUUACGGCGAGUGAAGGCCUUCGUGAAGAGGUUGCUUCAGGUCACUACUGGACAGACACCACCCUUCAUUUGUGGAACCCUGUACCUUCUGUCUGAGCUUCUGAAAGUAAAACCAGGCCUGAGGGUCCAGUUACAGGAUCACGUGGAGUCUGAUGAAGAAGAGUGCUUUAAGGAUCAAGAAGAGGUUGAAGAGAGUGAAGAAACAUUUGUGGAUGCAGACAAAGUAGAGAGGGAAGAGAGGAGCGCAACAGAAAAUUCUGCUAAAACUAAUCAUCUGAGUUCAGCAGCCUCAUGGGUGCAUCAUGAGAAUAUGGGAGGGAAAAAGAAUGGGGUCUCCUAUGAUCCUUUGCACCGAAGUCCUUUAUACUGUGGUGCUGAAAGUACAAGCCUUUGGGAACUGAAGAAGCUUUCUGAACAUUUUCAUCCGUCUGUUGCUCUCUUUGCAAAAACAAUUCUAGAAGGAAAUCACAUUCAGUACUCCGGUGACCCUUUGCAAGAUUUCACAUUAAUGAGAUUCUUGGAUCGCUUUGUGUACAGAAAUCCCAAACUCCACAAAGGCAAAGAGAACACCAGUAGUGUGGUAAUGCAGCGGAAGAAGAAGCAGUUCAUGACAGAUAUACGAAAUCUGGCAGUCAACAGUAAGGAAUUCCUUGCCAGAGAUGAAAGCAAAAUCCCAGUGGAUGAAUUAUUUUUUCACAGAUUUUAUACAAAGUUUGAUAAAACAAGAGAGAAACACAGACGCCAGGAGGAUGAAGAAAGUGUAGAAGAUGUGGAUGAUGAUGAGUUUGAAAGAGCAUUGGAUGCAUUUGAAGCUGAUGAUAGUGCCGCUGGUGUUAGCCAGGAUGACCUUGAUUUUGCGGGUAAUAUAAAAAAGAAAAGCAAUGGAAAUAAGAAAAGCAGAAGUGAGGAAUCCGGUGCUGACUGGGAGGAUUCUGAUGAUGAAGAUGAGUUCAGUGACCUGGAUGAUGAGGAAGUCUCCUUAGGAAGCAUGGAGGAAGAUGAUUUUGAAGAGGAUAUGAAUGAGGAAGGAGGCGUAUUUAUGGAUGUGUCUGAUGAUGAUAACAGCCCAGACCUUAACAACGACAAUCAAUCGAAGUCUAUCAGUAAAAAGACCAAGAGAAAAAAAGAUAUGAAUUUUAUGGGAUCACGUGAAGGAUCCAGCCAAGGAAAGAAGAGAAAACUCAAAGAUGCCAAAAUACUGGCAGCUGCUGAAGAGAUUGGCUAUCUGCUGGAUGAAAAUGCUGGGUCCAAGUUUGACAAUAUUGGAAUGAAUGCCAUGGCUAACAGAGACAAUGCAAAUAUCAAGCAAAUCAAGUGGGAAGUAGAGCGUGACAGGUGGCUUCACAACAGGGAUGUGAAAAGCAUCAUCAAAAGGAAAAAACAGUUCAGGCACACAGGGCUGAAAAAGAAGAACAGAGGCAAGAAAUCAAAAAGAUGAGCUGGGCAUCAUAAUGUAGGCAUUUUUACAAUAACUACGGCAAAAUAAUUAUUCUCUUUAUCAGCCUAUCUUACUUUAAUUCUUGCUGCUUAACCAUGCCAUUUGGUCAUUCUCCCUUAUGCCGUGAAUUCCAGACCACUCAUUGGAUUUGUAAUAAACUGAAAAACAGGAAAAUCUGUUAGCUGUAACUUAGUGAUUUUAUAGUUAGUCUGUUUGGACACAGAGCCCUGCAGUUCUGAGGUCUCCAUCCAGCACUUCAGACACACUUACAUGUAACAACAAACACUUCUGCAGUCUCUCCUGGUGUAGUUUUAAGCAAUGAUACAAUCUGUUUUAUACGUAAGAUGCAAGAGAAGCUUCAGCCAUCUUUCCAAAGCCAGCAAAGACAAACCUACCUUCCAGAAUUGAUGGAAACCUCUUCUGCAUUGUGUAUCUGAAGUCUGACAAGAAAGAUAAGUCAUAGUUACUUAUGAUAUUUUAAGAGAAAUAAUUAAAUACUCUAUUUUUCUUAUUACUUUUA